AUGGCUGCGGGCGACUCAUCCGGCUUACUUGACUUGUUCCCGGUAUCCAUUCUCCUAUCCGGGCUGUUCGUUAUGGGUUUCUUGUCGUGGAUGCGCCCUACAGGCCGAGUAUCGUUCUAUAAUGCAAAGGAUAACAGCCUUCGUCUGACCAAGAAAAUUGGCAAGUCUGGGUCCAAAGAGCAGACGACAUUGGCAGAUCUUUGUCGGAGUGCGACCCCCACAAAAUGCCAGCUCAACCCUUUCCUUUUCAAUGGUCAUCUGCAGACAGCGUGGACGACGAUGAAGUUUGACAAUGUGCCCGUGUACUACAAACGUCGGGUACUACAAGCCAACACCCCCAUGCUCACUGGUCACUUUGCAGUGGACUUCGUGACCGAGCCGUACGAAGUUCCCCAGGAUGGCCCGAGGACUGAUCCGGAGAGGAAGUACACCCAGCCGUCAGGGUUACCCGAACGGACCGCUUUCUUCACUGAGGAAGAAUUCGCUGCUCUCCCGUCGGAUGACACCAAACCUAUGCUGGUGGUGCUUCAUGGCCUCAGCGGUGGCUCGCACGAGCUUUAUCUGCGCCACGUUCUUCACCCCCUGAUUGCUGAUGGAACCUGGGAAGCUUGCGUCGUCAACUCUCGAGGCUGCGCUCAGACGAACAUCAGCAGCGGCGUGCUCUACAACGCCCGCGCUACGUGGGAUGUGCGUCAAGCCGUUCAGUGGCUGCGUCAAAUGUUUCCGAACAGACCACUUUUUGGCAUCGGGUUCUCCCUCGGUGCAAAUAUCCUGGCUAACUACCUGGGAGAAGAAGGAGAUAAGUGUCUAUUGAAAUCGGCCGUACUGGUUGCCAGCCCAUGGAAUCUUGAAGUCAGUUCUGCGAACUUGCAAAGCACGUCGAUCGGCCUUGCGUACAGUCGAGUGAUGGGAUCUAGCAUGAAGAGGCUUUUUGAGGCGCACGUCGACGCAGUCUCCAAGAAUCCUCGCAUUAAUGUUGAGGAGGUGCGGAGCAUUACUUACUUGCACGAGUUUGAUCGGGCCGUACAAUGCGCUUCUUGGGGCUAUCCCACCGAGGGCGCGUACUAUCGCGAUGCCGCCUCGAUUGAUACUAUGCUGAAUAUUCGUAUUCCCUUCUUCGUUGUCCAGGCGGAAGACGAUCCGAUCGCAUCUGCCAAUGCACUGCCAUGGCAAGAGAUCAAGCAAAACCCCUACGGAGUCAUGAUGACUACGUCCUGGGGUGGGCAUCUCGGUUGGUUCGAGCUUGGAGGGGACCGAUGGUUUGUCAAGCCGGUAAGUUCACCACUCUUUAUCGGCCAUGAAGCAGUCUGA